AUGCCACCAAAGAAGAAGCAAAAGCUUGAAAAACUCGACAAACCCACUUUACAUACCUGCAACAAGACUUCCUUUGCAAAAGCUUUCCUGCCAAACUAUCACCAACGGCUUCGAGAUUACAUCGCCAUCAUCCAUCAACUUGCUGAUCAUGCUUCCCACGCUCUCAAAUUCUACAUCCUAUCUGCACCAACCUUUCCCACAGUAAAUGAAGAUACAAUCGAAGCCAUACUGUAUCUUCUCAACAAGGGGGAGGCUUGGCAACCAAGAAUGGAUGCAAAGAAGGCGAUACGCGGAUGCUUGUUGCCAUAUGUUCAAUGGUACUGCCAAAUUGUCGGCUUCUUUCACCCAAAUCUACGAGGCGAGCAGCAGUCAAUCAAUUACCUGACAGCGAGUAUGAUGACAAACCUGAAGGUCAACGUUCAAGAACAUUUCAUGAUGAUGCUGCUCCGAUAUAUCAAUCUGCGGCUUGACGUGAAGGGACGGAAAGGGCAACUGCCACCGAAAAGCGAUGCGCGAAAAGCUUUCUUUACUCGGCUACGCUAUUUAAAGUCAGUUUUUCUUUUUGAUAUCGUGCCCGAGUCGCUGGAUGACUUGACUGCUGAAGAGAGUGAGCUUCUAGAAGAGAUCUGGACACUUAACCUGCCAUUUCCUGAUCAAGACAAGCUGCUUGCCUACCUCAUUGCCAUUGACGCGAUGUCCUUCUUUCCUGCAUACUGUUGGUUGUCAAGCCUAUAUGAAAAGCAUGGAUUUCGAUGGUUCAGUGCCAUACCUCUGCCCCGCUCACUCAUCCAAAGCCACAUUCGCAUCGACUCCAAAAUCCUGUACCAGCAUAUCCUUUGCAUCACGCAGCGAGAAGCAGAAGCUGUAGAGAAGGUCGAUUUAUGGUUGCACGUCUGUAAUCUACGUACCAAAGCUUUUCGGUCUCGCUGA